UGUAGGUGGAGGAGGGGGAUGGUGACACUGAGGAUUUUAGGACCAGGAGAGGUCGUCCAUAAUCUCAAAUUCAGAUUAACCUUCGGCUGUAUUGAGCUCUGGACCACCCAGAACCUUUUCUCUUUGUCUGGGGCAGCCAGGCUUGGUGGAUGUGCUGUAUGGAUCCGGAUUACCAGGGAACUGACCUGCCGCUACACAGGAGAUUAGAACGGGUCCAGUCCAUGGGAUUUGGUCUGAUUGAAUGUGUGUUGUAGCGGAUGGGGGAUUAUGGAAUAGGGCUUAGGCUUUACACUGCUCUUACCAGGAGGAGCUCUGUCAGUCUCUCUCCAGCUCCCAGAGAGCCGCGUGCCACGGCAAGGCAGCCCCGACGGCCAUGGGACGACUCAGCGUCGUUAUACGUGUUAAACUGUGAGAUUUUCUUUGCUCCGUGGCUGUCAGAGAGAUGGGGGAGAGCUCCUUUUUAUUUGUGCCCCUGCCGGAAAGCGGAUGACUGCGGGAUGUAGGAGCGGUGGCACAAGGAGCCUGUCGUAGCUUGAUUUCUAAAGUACUGGUUGGGCUGAACCGUCCACCUCGGGGUCGUCCAUGAAGGACCCGUGCCGCAUGUGUGGCGUGCGCCUGGUUGGCGGCCAGUGCCGCUGGAUUUUCAACCCGUCGGGCAAAUGGCAGCUCCAGGUCGUCCUGUCCCACGUGCUGGGGCGCCCGGUCGACCGCGACCCGAGCGGCCGCGCGUCCGAGUUCCUGUGCGGCAAGUGCGUGUUCACGCUGGAGCGCGUCGUGCAGUGCGACGUGCAGAUCGGACAGCUGCAGGAGGAGCACGCUGCCCAGGUGCUGCGGCUGCACCAGGAGAGGGAGCGCCUGAAGGAGUGCGUGGUCCACGUCUACGGGCGCCAUAACCCGCCGCCGAAGACCCCUGUCCGGGAGCCCACGGGGGACGGUGUCGCCAGGGCCCCCCUCGGAGGGAGCUUUGAGAGUGGACGCCUCGCUGACUGCCCGGGUGGACGGCGUUCGGCAGACGGGGGGUGGACAUGCGAUGGGGGCGCGGUGAACGAGCGGGUGAGGCGCUCCGUAAGCAUGGACUUCCUGGGGGCUGCGCGGUCGAGCGCAGCCCCCAGGAGGAUGAGGUCCAGCGGGGAUCCGUGCCCCGCCAAGAACCCUGGGCUCCAGUCGGCGCGUCACCGCUCCCGGAGCAUGAUGUACCUGAGCCUGGUCCAACGCAAGGGCACCCUCUCCUCCCCCGGGGCCAGGUUCCGUUCGGCCUCUCUCCAGUCCCUCAACCCUGACCACCACCACUACGCUGAGCCCCUGGGCUCUGUGACGGAGAGACGAAGCAGACAGCCGAAGAAGAGCCCAGUGACGGAGUGUCUUUCCGCCAUUGGUCCCAUGGUUACCCGAACUCAGUGGGGGCCCUACCACCCUCCAGCGCAGGCCUCCAUCUUUUCCGACCUGCUACAGCUGCUGCGCUCCAUUCCCAAGCGAUCGGUCCCAGGGACCCCAGGGAGCCACAUCCCUGUCCUGCGGCGGAGGCCCAGUGUUGGACAACUGCUCCCCACAUGCCGCACCAUCCCAGGGACCCGGUGCAGUGAGGUGGAGGCAGAGUGGAGGUCCCUCCAGGACCUUGUGGAGGAGUUUAAUGAUGAUUACACUCCCCUCAGAGCUGAGGACUUUGCUGCGCAGAGGAGUGGGGCGAGCAGGCUGGAGGUGGCCAACCGGCUGCUAAAUGAGGAACUCGACCAGUUCCGAGCUACCAACCAGAACCUCUCCAAGACCCUGGAGGACACCCAAACUAACAACAAGGUUAUAUCUGGUAAACUGGAGGAGACUGAGAACGAGCUUGUGUCUGAGAAAAAGAACGCUCUGAAACGAGACAAAACCAUCCAGGGCCUCACCCUCGUGCUGAAAGAGAAAGAAAAAGAGAUUGAUGAGCUGUGCCACGAGAUUGAGGACAGGGAUGAGGCUUUAGCCAAAGCCAGGGAGGCGGCCCACAAAGCCCAGCUCCAGAAAUACCAGGGUGCGGAGGAGCGCCAGAGCCUUCUGACGGAGGUCCAGGCGGAGCUGGCCCAGCUCCAGGGGGAGCACCAUGCCAAACUGCUGGAGGCCCAGAAACUGCAGCGCUCCCUGGGGAGGCGUGAGCAGGAGCUGGAAGACCUGCAGCAGGCCAAGGAGCUGCUGGAUCAGGAGUUGGAGGAGCUUCAGCAGCAGAAGAAGAAGGGCGACAAGGCUCUCAAUGAGGUGCAGAACCAGCUGAAGAAGCUGACUGGGGAGCUAGGGGAGAGAGAGAGCAGCCUGAAGGAGCAGUACCAGGAGCUCCUGGAGCAGAGCAAGCGGAGGCUGCAGGGUCAUGAGGUCACCAUCCAGCAUCUCACCACCUGCCUGGCCGACAAGGAGCAGCAACUGCAGGACUACAUGAACAUGAUGAGAGACAUGGAGCAGAGCAGAAGUCCUGGGGAAGGCGACACCAUCCUGUCUAAACUGCGAGAACGACUGAAACAGAAAGAAAAGGCCCUGGAGGAAGCCCUGGAUGACAAGUUUAUGGCUCUUGAAGAGAAAGACAACGAGAUCCACCGACUGCACCUCUCGCUCAGGGAGAAGGAGAGAGACCUGGAGAGACUCAACAACCUACUGUCUCACAACGAAGAAACCAUCAGUAGUUUUGACGCAUUGAUCAAGGAGAAAGACGUAGAACAGCAGCACCUGGCCGACACACUGAAGAACCUGCAACGGGCCAAGCAGGAUGUGGAGGACAACCUGAACCGGGCCUGCCGGGAGAAGGACUCCAUCAUCGGCCAGCUGCAGCGCUCCCUGGAGGGCAAGACUAAGGACAUGGAGGAGAUGGCGAGCGCCCUGUUGAGCCAGUCCCAGUCCCAGGCCAGUGACCUCGCGGAGCAGAUGGGUCAGAGGUUAAAGGUCACCGAGGCCAUGCUGGCGGAGGCGGUUAAGGCCCGCGAGAGGCUGGUAGCGGACAACAAGUGCGCUGUGGAGGAACUACUGGCCACUGUCAACAGCAAAGAUCAGCUGCUCAAGGAGUCAGCAGAGCGUUAUAAUCACACAUUGUCUCAACGGACCCAGGAGAUCCAGGAUCUGAAGAGACAGCUGUGUACCCUGCAGCAGGAGCUGGCCUCCGCCGAGAAACACCGUUCCACAGCAACACAGGAGGCUUCCGUGGAGGUGGCCAAGUUUCAAGCCCUGCUUACCGAGAAAGACUCCAUCAUCAACAAACUCCUGGAUCGUGGUAAUGAGAGGGACCAGUUCCUCGCUGAGUUGAAGCUGAAUGGGCCUUCGCCUCCUCAGGUGUUGGAGCUUAGACAAACCAUCCAGGUGUUGCAGGAGCGCCUGGAGGAGAAGGAAGCAGAGCUUUCCAAGAGGAACAACAAUGACGACACCAUUGAGAAGGUCCCUCUCACCAAGAAGACCCUGGUCAUCCUGAAGAAGGAGCUCGCUCAGAAGACUGAGGGUCUCAACAAGGCUCUGAAGAGAGAGAAUGAGCUCAAGAUGUCCCUGGCUGAUCUCCAGUCAGUGUUGUCCGAGCUGGAGGGCCGUGUCAAGGGCCAGGACGCAAGCAUAGACUCCCUCACCGCCACCUUGGAAACCAAGAACGAGAUUAUCCAUGACCUCCACCAGCACCUGGGCCAGAGAGUGGGCAGUCAGACCCGGGAGCCUCAGGAUCCGGCAGCUGAAGCUCGGGUAGAGCGCGCUCUCCCUGGCCUUCCUCAGAGGGAGAGGACCAACAUUGGUGGGGACAGCCAGGACGAGGCCCUGCCUACGCUGGCUGAUCUGCAGGUGGAGCACCAGUGUCUGAACCGAGCUCUGCGGGCCGAGCAGCAGCUCUAUUCCAGCCUGGUCCGCACCAUCAAGGAACAAGACAGUGCCCAGCGGAUCCAUGCCCUCCAGAUGGAGCUGACGGCUGUGACUCUCCUGAGGCAGCAGCUGGAGGAGGGCAUCCGGAGCAACGACCAGCUCAGACAACAGCUGGACAGAGAGAUCAGCAGAGCCAAACAGUCAGGAGAAGGUCGUGAGGCCCGGGCCCUCGUGGACCCCAUGGAGCUGCAGAGUAUCCGGCACCAGCUGGAGGACGCCCACCGCUGGAACGCCUCCCUCCAGGCCCGGCUCGGGGCCAUCCAGAACCGGCAGGGCGGGGUGGGCGCCAACAACGACACUGCUGACACCUUGGGCAGUUUCCUGGCCGACCAGACGUCCUACAUGAGUAUCUGUGUAGGAGAGGGAGAGGGCCUGGAGCACCUCUCUGUAGAGGAGCUCAGACAGAAGGUGAUGGAGCUACAGGACUAUAUCAGUAGACUGGAGGCUGUGAAUGGGGAACUGCAGAGGGGGCUCCAAUUGGCUGAGGGCUCAGGCCUCAACCUAUCAUUUAGCAGCUCUGGAAAAGAGCAUCAUCUUCAGAGGGCAGGCCGCAGUGUCCCUGGCCGGGACAGUGAGAGUCAGAUGGACAGCGGCCUUGGACAGGUGGUAGAUGGAAUUCUGACUGAUGACAACAAAUUGGGUGCCGCGGAUGAGUCUGAAACCCUGGUCCAAAUCCAGGGUGAGAUAUCCCCUCUCUGGUCUUCAAAAGCCUCCAGAGAGAUCCAGUCCAAGACCAAGCAGCGGGAAGAGUUGGAGAAGGACAUCAACUGGGAGCAGCUCCGUUGUCUCCUGUCGGAGUGUGGGGCCUUGUCUGUCACCCACCUAAGGGAGGAGCUCAGGAGGUUGCGGUCAGAGAAUGCGAACCUGAGAGGUCAACUAAAGGAGGAGAAGUCCACAGAGUCUAAAGAGAGUGCUGACACCUCGGGUGACAGCGGUGACGGACAGGCUGAUCUCCGCCAGACGGUAGAGAGGCUGAAGUCAGAGGCUAAAGGUCACCGCAAGGUCAUCAAGCUGCUGAAGGAGCAGUUGGAGAGGACCGAAGCGAUUGUGGACGGUCAGGCAGAGAUGGCGGUCGCUGGUACUCAGUCGAAGGAGAGGCUGGGUUUGGAGGAGGUGGGACUGCACCGCGGAAGGAAAGGAGAGGAGAAUGGAAAAAUCCCUGUGCUGCGUGCUAACGGACGCUCACAACGCAUCGUGCGAAAUGGGGCCCUCAAGUCUCGGCUGCCGGUACCUGUGUGUCGAAACAAAAUGGAUACCGGCACCAGCAGGUUGUCUGUGAACCAGGCUUCUGACACAUUUUCAGCGUGUCUUAGAGGAGACACCCUGCAACAGCUGGACCUGGAUGACCAGCAGGCUUGUUCUGACUCUGACUCCUGCAGUUCUCCUGGAGCCGCCCAGCCCUGCAGCCCAGGGUCAGAGCACGGCAGCACCACUACUGAGCCAGCCACAAAGGGCCCACAGGGCCUGGAGAUGGAGUUCCUCCGAGCUCAGACCCCGACCGACGCCGAGCUCCUGUCCCAGCUGGAGCUCCUCCAUCAGGAGUGCCAGGACAAGGAGCAGCUGAUAGGCCGUCUAGAGGAGCAGAUGGCCGGGUGGGAUGCACUCCAGGCCCAGCUGCGGGAGAAGGACCUUCUGAACCAACAUUAUGUUGAAGCCAUGCAGGCCGCUGAGUCCACCAUCGCCUACCUCACCGCCUGCAACCUGGACGGGGACAGACAGGAUGGAGUACCAGCCUCCCCUGGUCCAGAGUCCAACCUCCACAAAGCCCUGGAGGGCAAAGAGAGACUCAACAACCAGCUGGUGGACUGCCUCCGUAUGGUUGAGAAGACCUUUGCUUCGCUUGGCAUUCUGUCUUCAUCCUACGACACCCAGGACGCUCAUUCCGACCCAUGGGAGCUGUGCACGAGGCUGGAGGUGGCCCUUCGACAGGUCACCGCCUCAAAUGGCUCCCUGGUCCUAAAAACCCUGGUACGUGGAUCUUCUGUUGGGUCCGUGGGGCCUGGUGCAGGGCCGAAGAGCCAGGUUGACACCCUACAGGAAGCACUGUGGGAGCAGAGACGGAUUAACACUGAGCUACAGGAGAGGCUGAGGGCUGCUGAGCAGGCUAUCUCAGCAGAGCAGGGCACCGCCAACUCUGCCACUGCAGGCUUGGAGGACCGCUACAGCAGGCAGCUAGACAGAGAUCAGAAGCUUCAGAGAGGGAAUGAAUCAAUUUCUCAGAGUGGCGGAAGAGCGCAUGAUAGUAGAAGAGGAACGAUGUCCGAUGAAAAGAGCAGCCUUGAAUCUGAGCAGGUUGCCCGUUGUUUCUCAGAGUGUCUCAGGGCGGCAGAGUUUGCAAUAGCCUCGCUCACAGCUCACUGUACCAGCACAAGCACUGGUGCCUCUACCGCAACCUGGGCAGCUCAAGCCGGUUCAGACCUACAACGGCAACUAGACAAGCUACAGAAAGCUCUUCAGGAGAGAGAACAACUAGCAAAGCUGGGCUUUACUGAACACGCUCACAGACAGACCGCCGGGUCUCCAACCAAACACACAACUCCUGGGGUUGACACAGGAACUGCAUCUCCCCUGGAACUACACCGUAACAUUUGCCUCCUCCAGAAGACGUUCUCCGACUUACAGGAGGAGAUACGCCAGGCGAGGGAAGAACAGCCACGGGAGCCUGGAGCCUGGGUACCGCCGCCGGAGUUCCAGGCCCAGUUAGAAAGCCUACAGAAGGCUUUGAAGGAGAAGAAGAGGGUUUGUAAAAGCCUGGAGGAGAAGCUGGCCAUGGCCCAAUCGGUCCUAGCCCUGCAGAAUAAGAAGACCGGUGAUGGAGCAGCACUCAGAGCGCCUCUGGAGCAGGAUGACAAGGGUGUGCAGGUGGACCUGCAGGACUUGGGUUACGAAACCAGUGGCAAGAGUGAGCCUGAGGUGGAUAGGGAGGAGAGCAGUAGCACAGACAUGCAGCUUGUCCCCAGUGCCACCAGCGGUCUGCCCUUCCUGCUGAAACACAACCAGGAAGAGCCCUCGUUCUCCUCCACGGAGAACCUGGACAUGUCCUCCAGCGCCUCAUACCCCAGCUCCCCUGCUCUCAGCUCCCCAAAGGUGUGUCUGAAGAGCCUACAGACGUUCGACUCCUACGGCCUGUCCGAAGACCCGGUCCAGCUCAAGGCCCAGGUGGGCGAGCUAAAGACCCAGCUAGAGAGUCAGCACCGGGAGAUCCUCCACCUCCAGACCCUGCUCCGCCGCCGCGCCUCCCUGUCCAGCGAACUGUUGACAGUCGCCUCUGACUCCCAUGUCGCCCCCGGAGGUGCCCCGGGCUCCGAGAGUCCCAGGGACGGAGGGCAGGAGGAGGGCAGUCAGGAGGGAGAGCAGGAGGGGUUGAAAGAGAAGAUGAAUCGUGUGAAUGUGGAGCUGGAGAGGGAGAGGAGCAUGAACAGGAGCAUGAUGGAGCAGCUGCAGCAGGCCCAGCAUCGCAGUCGAUCGGCCUCGCCUGCUAGGAUUGACUCCUUGGUGCAGUCCCAGGCGAGGGAGUUGUCCCAGCUACGUCGUCAGAUCCAGGAGAGCCGUGGCCUGGGAGCGCUGCAGCGGAGGCAGCUUGAGGAGCUCUCCAGGGCCUUCGAGGAGCUGGUGCAGGCCAGCGACGUGGACUACUGCCUGGGAGAGGUGUUCCGCGAGCAGCUGGACAAGAGCCUGGAUGUCCUGGAGAGGCUGGAGGACCGGCUGGAGAAAGGAGACACUCACCUGGAUGUUGAAGAUGGGGCAGCACUGGAGCUGGCACAAAGGCUGUCCAAAGCGUUACAGGAGAAGACCCUUCUGGUCCAGAGCCUCCAGAGUCAACUACGAGGCCGAACUCCCAGCAGCCACCACGGCUCGGACUCUGAAGUUUCAGACAGGGUGUCUAACCCAGCCACGACGUCCUGCCACAACAGCCCCAGGAAAGCCAAAGGCAACACGGGCUGUCAUGGAAUGAAAGAAUCCAAGGGCUGCUCCAAGAGUUCAAUGUCGGCUCCUGAAUUUGUUGCCCAGCGGACCGGGGGUGGGGCUGAGGAUGGGGGCGUGUCUGGAUGUGAGGGGAGUGCCGGGCGGCUCCAAGAGCUGCAGCGGGAGAACAGGCGUCUGGCACAGCAGCUGCGUAGCAGCUUGGAGAUGAACGACACGCUGCGUAGCGAGCUGGAACUCAACCGAUCCAUCCUGGUCCCGGGGGGCUCCACGCAACGCCACACCCAGGACGAGGGGCACCGACUGGGGCAGAGCCCGGGGACGGCCGGGGGUUCCCCGCACACCCGGGAGGAGCAGGGUGGAAGGGGACACCUCACUUCAUACCAGGACGCUGCCCAGCUACACGGCAUUAACCCAGACGUGUUAGCGGAGCACCUGUUGGAGAUCAGAGCCCUGAGGGAGCGCCUGGAGGAGACCAUCCGCACCAACGACCGGCUCCGGGAACAGCUGGAGAGGAAACUGGCUGAGGUGGAGAGAGACCCAGCGGCCACCAACAUCUUCAUCCACGGCAGCGAGGAGCAGGGUCAGCUGACCAGCGAGCUGCGCCUCCUCUGGGGUCAGAAUCAAGCCCUGAAGGAGCAGCUCAACCUGGGCUCCAGAGACAAGCAGAAGGAGAAUGAGAAGCUUCGUGAGGCGCUGGCCAGGCGGACGGCCAAGCUGGAGAAGAGCAGGAAGGAGUGUGAGGCCCUGAGACAAGAACAAAUUCUCCUCCAGGAGCGACUGGACCGAAGCACCCAGGAACACGCUCACCUCCAGGACACGCUACACAGCAGCUGCGAGGAGAUCCACCGGUUGCAGUGUGAGGUUAAGGUGCUGAGGCAGCAGCUGUCAGACAGUCAACACCUCCUCCAGUCUCUACGUGUGGAACUGCAGGUCUACGAACAGAUGAAGACUCACACACAUACAGAGUUUAGUGGCCCAGGCCAAGCGUCCGGUCCAGGGACAGGGUCUGGGUCAACCCAAGUGGACCUGGGGGAAUUGCUGUCAGAGAUCCGCCACCUGAGGCUGCAGCUGGAGAGGAGUAUCCAGACCAACACGGCCCUGAGGCAGAGGCUGGAGGAACAGCUGCUCAGGGGAUCCCACCGCCCAGACACCAUCAAUAUCAACUACCUGCUGUCCACCUCAGAGGAGGGGGGCCGGUCCCCUGGUCGAGAGGAUACUCUACGCCGCUCUUCUUCUCACGGUGACACUCUGCUCGACCUGAAGCGCCAGACCCAGUCAGAGAUGGACGCCGUGUCCCAGUGCAGUCACAGUUCCGGGGACAGUGUCUCCGGCUCGGCCCCCCCACUGUCCCGCCUGGUGCCUGGCCACCGCCUGUGGGCCAACCGGCAGGGGCGCCAUGUCCUCGGCCUAAUCGAGGACCACAACGCCCUCCGCAAGCAGAUCUCUGAGGGCAGGAGGCUCCUCGGCACCAUGGAGACACACCUGCAGGACUGCCUACACACUGUCCGCCAGCAAGGACCUGACAACCAGGUGUUGGAGCAGGGUCAUCUGAAGGGGCUGACCAGUGGUGUGAACACCAUGCAGCAGGUCCUGGAGGAGGCCAGCCGCUUGCUCAAACUGGUCUGGAGGGUCUCCCUGCCCUCCGGCCCGGCCACCACCGGAGGGGACGGUGGCAGCAACCAGCAGGAUGAGCUGUUGAAGAAUGAGAUAGCCCGGCUGAAGAGCCGCCUGUCCCAGCAGGAGAAGCUUCUGACUGGGGCGGUCAGGCGACUGCGCACCACUAACCAGCUCAAGGAGGGCAUGGAGAGGGUCAUCAUCGACCAGUUGUCCAUAACCCACGGAGUCCUGAAGAAGGCCAGAGGGAACCUGGAGACAAAUUACUGUUCUCUCAAUGGGCUGAAAGGCUUCUCUGGAGGACCAGGGGCAGGAGAUCCCAAUCAGUGGUCAGUGACAGUCAGCCUGUCUGGAUCCCCCGAUGAGGGAGUGAGUGUCCCCAUCCUGAGCCCUGCCAGACACUCUCCAUCCCCAGAGAGGAUCACCUCCUCCCACUGCAGCUAAUAGCUUUGAUGGAGCGCAAUAGUUUACGGUACUGUUUUUUCCUCCUUCAACUGCAGGGAGGUGAAAUACUUAAGGUGUUUUACUGUGUGAUCCCUAGUUUUGUCCAGAUGAAGGAUGGAUGACACUUUACACUAGGACAUGCUUCCUAAUUAACCUGUCAGUCAUUCUCAGGCCCCUCCCCCCUGCUGUAAUACUGUCUCUCUGCUUUUUGAGUAGCUUUGCCUUCAAAUAAUUAGGUUUAACUGUACUUGCACACC